CACACUGUAAACAGCUGCGCGCGUGCGCGUCCAGUCUCGGUUGGAGAGAGAGAGAGAGACCAAGAAGAAGAACAGAAGAAGAAAAAUAAUAAUACAAGAUAAAAACCAAAACAACAAAAAAAAGUUGAAAGAAUUUCGUGCGUGCAGCAUCAUCAGCGAGCGGCCGCGUCCCUUCUCGUCCCGUCUCUCCCCUCAGCUCUCUGAGACGCAAACCAGGCUGUACUCAUCACCUAUAAGCUAACACACACACACACACACACACACACACACACACACACACACACACACACACACGCACACACUGAACACUACACACGGAUCACCUCUGUGUCCUGUUUGAUGUGAUACGAGCGUCCGGCGUUAUCUGACGCUUCGUCAUGGCCUCCGUCUCCAAAACCUCCGAGCUGGACAUCCCGGAUAACCACCAGGAGAGCUGGCUGGCUCUGCUCGCCGCCGCCGAGGCGUACAGCCAGAAGUCGGGCUGCGACCUGGCCAUCCUGACCGCCUGCAAGAAGUUCCUCCUGUCCGGCGCCGAGGGAGACGCUACGAAAAAGAGAGAAGGGGGCGGAGCCGUGUCGGCGGGAAGCAGGAAGUGGGAUUACGGCUAUCACGUGUGGGGUCAGGGGGCGCUCGCCGAGGCGUCACGCCGAUACCUGGACGACAUCGGCGUGCUCCAUUCCACCACGGUGCUCACGGCGCAGAGACACGCCCGCCUCGCCGCAGGAGAGGGCGGGGCCAAACUGGGCGUGGACAUUCCCUCUGAUAGGCCGACGUCGGUGGGUGACGGAGGGUCGGGCUCGGUCAGUCCCGGGCUGAGACUUUACUCUCACAGCUACCCGUCCAUCUACAGUCCGGCGGCGGUCAGCGUCCUCCCCUCGGCCCAGCAGGGGAACGGAGGGAGAGAGAGAGACAGAGCGGCUCUGGGGGAGGUGGAGAGAGCGAGGGAGAGAGCCGGCAUCGUGGACCUGGAGGAGGAAGAGGAGGAGGACGGAGAGGAGGACGAUAUGGACGGACCCAGACGCAAUCUCAACGAGUCGACAGGCGUGUUCUCCAUGGAUGAGGAUUCUCUGUCUCACGACUGUGAGCCGUUUUUCGAGUCGGAUGGUGAAGAGGAAAGCACUGACGGUUCUCUGAGUGAGGAAGCUCCUCCUCCUCCUCGAGGCCUGGCCAUGGGUCACUCGGUUCUCUCUCGCCUGUCUCACCCCACGGCCCUGGCGCGCUCGCUGCCCGUCUCGGUGCCUGUGUGGGGCUACAGGAACAACCGGACAGCGCAGGGCGACUCUCACAGCGGAGAGCGGGUCGGCUGUGCGGAUCUUGAUCACAUCGCCGCCAGCAUGAAGGCUCUUUUAGCUCCAGCAGCCACCGAUGGAACAGAGAUGUUCGGAGCGCUGCCUCGACCCCGACUCAACACCGGCGACUUCUCUCUCAAGCACUGAUGAUGGAUGUGUGUGUGUGUGUGUGUGUGUGUGUGUGUGUGUGUGUGUGUGUGUGAGAAACGAAUUCUGAGAGACAUAACGUGAGACGAGACGUGUGUGAAAACGAACUGGGAUGUAAAUACGACCCGAACCUGUUAUUUUUUAGACUCUGAGACAGAUUUCAACAUUUAAUGCGACGAAAAUCUUUACUAACCUUCCUUUUUUUUUUUCUUCUUCUUCUUCCCAAGGCAGUAGGAAAGACCAAGUUUGAGUUUCGAGAUGUUAUGGAUCUGUAUCGAGCUGUUCUAGGAUCAGUGUUUGCCUUUUGUACGCCGUAAUUGAAUGUAGCUGUGUGUUUGGAGAGGAGUUGAUCCUGGAUCAGCGGGGAGUUCUCAAAAAAAAAAAAGAAAAAGAAAAGCUGCGUUCACAAGGAUGUUUUUAGAGUUAAAAUCCACUCCAGUGUGCGUUUCGGAAACGUUAAUGACGUAGAGCUCGGCGAUGUGAUCAUAUGAUAAUUUAAUAUGGAUAUUGCGAUACGUUAUUACCAUUAUAUCGUUACUCUUCUAAGUGUUGUUAGUAUCGUUAUGCAUCUUUUGGUGGUUUAAUAACUCCAUAUUUUGGAUUUUAUUUUCAGUUUUUUUUCCUUUCCUAUUUUUUUAAAAUAAUUUUUUUUUUUUUUUUUUUUUUUUUUUUAUAUAACAUCAUGCUUAUAUCUUUAUCGUUAAAUCAUCAAGCAUCGCAGGGUGAUAUUUUCUGACAUAUCGUCCCACUCCUUAUUUUGGGAAAAACAUACAUAUUCAUAACCAUAGACGGUCUGGGGGCGGAGCUUAAAUAUCAGUCUCCGCCCACAACAAAGCCGUGCUGCAUAUCGACACCUUUUUCUUUUCUUUUUUUUUUCCCCCCAUUAAAAUGUCCUUGUGAACUCGGGUAUAAGGAAUGCGGAUCGGACUUGGCAUUUAAUAUUUUUUUUUCGAUCUGUACGUGAACGCGAGUGAUGACGUGAGAUAAAAUUCGUACCUGAAUAUGUUUUGCAUAACGUAGCAAGCUUAACGCGGAGGACAUCGAUCUCGAGAAUUGAUGAGAUCUGAUGAGAUCUGAUUUGUUGAAAAUGGAAAUCUUUAGUCUCUCGUAGAUGUAAGCAUGAGACGACUUGUGCUUCUGGAAAUAAGAAAAUCGUUAUUUUUCCGGAAAAAUCAUUAAAAAAAAAAAAUCAGAAAGAGCCGGUAACUACCGAACAGUCAGCGAUGGCUGCUUUUAACCUGUUCCUGUUCUGAUCGAUAGCUAAAUCACAUGCUAAUCUUGCUAGCCGUGAAUACAGUUUAACAAAAAGAUCAUUA